AUCAAAAUGGCUGCCACCAGUAGAAUUUCGUCAAGAAGUAACGGUGAGAAAAUAUCUGCCUACGAGAAAAGGGAAAUAAGAAGACGAAUUCGUAAAUUACAAGACACAAUUUCUGAAAAUAAGAUUGAAGUAGUCAAAGAAAUAAUAGCAGGAGACAUUGAUGUUGAUUUUUACUACAGAGGCCAAACAGCAUUACAGCUAGCAGUCCGAGAAGGCCAUUUUGAAAUAUGCCGUCUGCUGAUAGCGAAAGGAGCAGACGUCAACAAAACAGAUGCAGAAAUGAACUCACUAUUGAACAGUGCAUGUUGGAGAGGUCAUGGGGAUGUUGCACGGUUGCUCAUAGAAAGUAGAGCCAGUGUUGACCUUUGUAAUGAUAAUGGUUCCUCUCCCUUGAACGUUUGUGCCCUGAAAGGCCGGGAGGAUAUCUUGAGGUUUUUGAUACAAGCUAAGUGUGACCUUGAUCUUUGGAACAGCCGUGGUCAGACAGCAUUGUUUACAUCAGUGCAGCAGGGAAAUGUUGAAAUCAUGAAGAUUCUUCUUGAGGCAGGGUGCUGUAAAAACACCAGUGAUCAGUCCAACAGGACCCCUCUUAUCCUCGCCGCUGGUCAAGGUGACAUCGAAGCAACAAGCAUCCUGCUGCAUUCAGGCUGUGACAUCAACAGACAAGACCGACUUGGGCAGACCGCCCUGUACCACUGCGCGACCCAGGGUCACCUUGACGUAGCUUUGGCCCUCAUCACCGCAGGAGCAGACGUCAACAUAGCCACCAUUAAAGGAUUCACUCCUCUUCUUGAUUCCAUCCGAAACAAUCACAUUGAAGUUGCAAAGGCGUUGAUCGAAGCAAGGUGUAACAUCAACUUGAAAGACAGACUUCAUCACGCUCCUAUACAUGAGGCCAUCAGACAAGUGUCCCAGUAUUUUGGAGAUCCAGGAAAGCCCUCCAUCAACAUCGUGGAGCUGCUGGUGUCAGCGGGAGCAGACCUCAGUAUCUGUGACACCGAGGGCUGGACUCCGCUCUACCAGGCUGCUUCCAGUGGAGACCUUGAAAUAACAAAGCUGUUAUUAAACAAUGGUGCUUCCUUGGAAGUCUCGACAACAGCAGGGGAGACAAUUCUUCACGGCGGCGUGUAUGGAAAUAACCCUGACAUUGUGGAACUUCUGAUCCAAUCAGGUUGCAAGGUCAACCAGGUGAACUCCCAAGGUCAACACCCUCUCAUGGCAGCUGUUGUGUCAAGGUCACAUAAAUCGAUAGUGAAGGCCCUGAUUGCAGCAGGCAGUGACCUGAAUCUCCCAGAGAACACUGAGCAGCAAAGCCCGCUCCAUGCCACCGUCCAUCACCACCAUCACGAGGCUGCCAUCCUGCUCAUUGACGCUGGUUGUGACAUCAACUGUGUGAACACUCGACACCAGACCCCACUACAUAAUGCUUGUGAGAAAGGCAAGACAGACAUCGUAGCUCAUAUCCUGAAACAGACGCGUCUCAACCGAGAUGACAUCAAGACGAUCGCCCUCCCCCUCCAUGCUGCAGCGGUAAAUGGCCACGUGAACAUCGUUCAGAUGCUGGUGGAGGCCAAUUUCAACAUCGACCAGCUGAACGAUGGCGGCCUCACUGCACUGCAAGCCGGGAUUCAGGAAAACAAAUACUCUGUGAGCAAGACCUUGCUGCAGUAUGGCUGCGAUGUCGACGCCCAUGCCAAGGCAAAACGACUCAUGAAGUGCUGUCUCCUGCAGGAUGACCCACAUCCACACUUUGCCCUUGAACCCCUCUUCCUGGCCUUGACCCACAAGGACCUUGACCUUAUGCAACUGCUGCUCCAGUUCUAUAUCCAUAUGCCCUUCAAGGUCAUUAAAAUGCUGAAUCAUAUUCUCAAACAGUCCCAAGAACUCAAGUUCCAUUACAGCGCCCAGAGUAAGAAGAACAUCCUUGAGUUCUUUUCUCAAGCUUUGAAACAACCCAGACUCCUUCAGGAGAUCUGUCGAUGCAACAUCCGAGCUGUUUUGGGGUCAAGGCCACAGGUCAAGGUCAUGACCCUACCCAUUGCAAAUAAACUGAAAAAUUACAUUUUGAUGACAGACACUUUCUUGACAUUGGAGGAACAGGAAAAGAUAGAGGAGGAUCAGCUUGAUCAUAAUGGGUUCGUCACUGUGUAAGGGGAUUUCAGUGAAGAGGUCCGUUUAUAAUUUAUGGUGCUACUUAAUGUUGUAGAUUUACUGGUGCUCAAAAUCAACACAUUAUACUUGGAUAGUAUCUUCAUUAGAACAAGGUUGUGUGUGUGAUGUUAUAUCAUGUAACCCUGGUCAGUAUAUCUUCGUUUGUCAGUUGGGUUAUUUACUCACAUGUAUCAUCUUUCCAUGCUGAAAUACAGAAGUCAAAAACUCUGUCCGUAAUGAACAAAAUGCCAAAGAUUUUUCUUUCUUUUUCCGCAAUGUAGAACGAUGAAACAAGGCUGGAAUAUUUACAUACAGAAUCCUACUUUUGUGAUCAAUGAUCAUGUUGUUUAUGUUUGAAUGAAAACUGUUAUCUCGCCGUUGUUUACCAACAAGCCUAACUAUGUCAGGAAACUACACAGCAUGUAGAUAUAUGUACAUUUAGAAUAUAUCAGGAAUUAGAUUUCUCUAGGUUUACAUCUUUGUGAAAUGUAGCAGGGCGUGGAGUCAUCUUUGGUCUGUGAACAAGGCGUCUGACCUCAGAUCAGAAGGUAUGAAGUUCGAAUCCCAUCACAGUACUAGGAAAUAUUAUGGCAGCUACAAAAACAACACUCUUUCAAUGCAUAUUGAGCAAAAGGAGAACAAGUUGCUGUACUUUGGUAUCAGUUGAUGUUGUACUCAUGCUGGGAUGUCCUCCAACACUGUUGCUGUAUCCACUGCAGUUAAUUUACUAGCUGGUUGACAAAUGUGUCAGUUUUAUGUUUCUCAGUUACCUUGUGUUCAUAUUGGUGAUAUUUUCAUCUUAAGCAGGGCAUAAGAAUGUUGAUGCUUUAGAUAUUGUUUGUACAGUGAGAAAGACACACGUCAGAUUUGUUUGUUUUUUGUUUAACGCCACACUCAGCAAUAUUCAAGUUAUAUGACGGCGGUCAGUAAAUAAUCGAGUCUGGACCAGACAAUCCAGUGAUUGACAUCAUGAGCAUCGAUCCACGCAAUUGGGAUAUGAUCAUCAACCAAGUCAGCAAGCCUGACCACCCAAUCCUGUGAUUACAGCAAUCAGAAUGUCUAUGGGAGUGUUUAAUAUUUUUUUUUAACAUUUCAGAAAGCAUUUCUUGUUUAUUGCUUCUGUUAAAAGGAGGGAUUUUGGUCAUUGUGCAUUCUAUUGCGCUACUUAGCAAUGAGUCAAAUAUGAAACAUACUGCAUGGGGAUGCAAGGAAAUCAGUCGUCAUGCUUACCAUGAUGGUAGCCUAGUGGUUAAAGAGUUUACUCGUCACGCUGAGGCCCCAUUCACCUGAUUGGUGCAAUGUGGGAAGCCCGCCAUGGCGUCCGCAGCGUGAUAUUGCUAAAAGUGGUGUAAAACCAGACUCACACCUUAAAAGAAUGUCACUUGGAAAAGACCUGUUGUAAAGUUGGAGUACAAUUGAGUCAGCUGUGUAUCAUUGACGAUUUCACCUUGGCCUCUGGCUAUGAAUCUGACUGACACAGAGUACAUUGUCCGAGCAUACAGGUACAUGGUAGUUGGAACUGCUCUAUAAAGAACAACAUCCUACCAGCAUGUACCAGUUAUGCUCAUGAACUCAUCUUCAUGGUUUGGUUUGGUUUGUUGUUUCAACGCCGCAAUUAGCAAUAUUCCAGCUAUAUGACAGUGGUCUGUAAAUAAUCGAGUCUGAACCAGACAAUCCAGUGAUUGGUAUCAUGAGCAUCGA